AUGCCCUCGAACCCAGACACGCUGCAGGGCGAGCGCAAAGCCUACGGCUCGUUCAACGACGACGAUGCGAGAAGGGAUAGUCUUGCCGAUACCACCGACGAUGAGGGAAUCAUUCCCAAGGACGCGCUGGACCCUGUGUACGAGGCCAAAGCUCGGGUACUGAACCGUGCAUGGGAAUUAUUCGUCGUCAUCGGAUUUGGAUGGGCAAGCGAUAAUCUGUGGCCCAUUGUCACGUCGCUCAUCUUUACCCCAAUCGCCAAUGAAUUCAGCCCAGAUCGACCCCCGUACUUGACCCUGGCACAGAACAUUGGACUCUUAGCAGGGGCCAUGUUCUGGGGAUUCGGCUGUGACAUUUUCGGUCGAAGAUGGGCUUUUAACCUCACCCUCGGGCUCACCGCCGUCUGGGGCCUCGUCGCCGCCAGCGCCCCAAACUUUGCAGCCAUCGGCAUCUUCGACGCCCUGUGGUCCUUCGGCGUCGGCGGGAAUCUGCCAGUCGACUCAGCCAUAUUUCUCGAGUUCCUCCCCGGGUCGCACCAGUACCUCCUCACCAUCCUAUCCAUAGACUGGGCCAUCGCACAGGUCAUUGGCACGCUGAUCGCGUGGCCUCUGCUAGGCAACCUCACGUGUCAGCAAGAUGAGACGUGCACACGACAGAAAAACAUGGGGUGGCGAUACUUUGUCAUCACCGUCGGUGGGCUGACUCUUCUCAUGUUUCUUGCUCGGUUUUUACUCUUCAAGAUUUAUGAGUCGCCCAAGUACUUGAUGAGCAAGGGGCGUGAUGAGGAAGCUGUAAGGGUCGUGCACAAGGUUGCCAAGAAGAAUGGCAAGACUUCGACGCUGACUUUGGAGGAUCUCAAGGCUUGUGAACCUGAUGGGUAUGUUGCGCGGACCGAUGCCGGGGCUGCGUUGAAGAGGAAUCUUCAAAAGGUCAACUUUAGCAACAUCCGGGCCUUAUUCGUCACCAAGAAGCUGGCUCUCAGCACCAGCCUUAUCAUGGCCGUUUGGGGCCUCAUCGGCCUUGGAUAUCCGCUCUACAACGCCUUCAUUCCUUAUAUCCAGGCCACUCGAGGAGCAGAUUUUGGAGACGGCAGCACAUAUCUCACCUACCGCAACAGUCUGAUCAUUGCCGUCCUCGGUGUGCCCGGUGCACUUCUUGGAGGUUGGUUGGUUGAGCUGCCUCGCAUGGGACGAAAGGGGACAUUAUCGCUGAGCACGGUUCUCACGGGCGUGUUCCUCUACUGUUCAACGACAUCCUUGAGCAGCGCAUCUCUACUAGGAUGGCAGUGCGCCUUUAAUUUCUUUAGCAACAUCAUGUACGCCGUCCUGUACGGUUUCACACCCGAACUAUUCCCUACACCUCAGAGAGGAACCGGCAAUGCGUUGGCAGCAAGCUGCAACAGAGUAUUCGGUAUUAUGGCACCCAUCAUUGCGAUUUUUGCCAACCUCGAGACAUCAGCACCCGUCUACACCAGUGGUGCUCUCUUUAUCGCUGCUGGACUACUGGUACUCAUCCUGCCUUUCGAGUCCAGGGGAAAGGCUGCACUAUAA